GUGGUUUUUUUGCUGGACGCGUUUUCGCGUUGCUCCUUUUCUCAUUCCAACACCCUGAAGUUCUUCAGAGUCCCACUCUGGGUUUCCUAGGAAACACCUUCAUCCCACCGCUGCCAACACCCCCUUCAACCACGAUAUCGAAUCCUCGUCUGUUAUAAAUCGUUGGUCUUAUUUCUUGUGCCCCCAAAUUCAGUCAAAAUAGACGACAGAGUACAACUUCAAAAAUGUCUUCACCAUCGAAGCGGUCAACGCGCAGCACCAGGAGUUCCCAGGCUGCUCAGAGCAGCCCCGCUGCUGAGAACUCGAGAACUCCCCGCCAGACUCGGACCUCAGCAUUGGCCUCAAGUCCUAUGGUAUACGAUUCCUCCUCUCCCAACAAUGCGCCCUCGUCGCCUCUCCGCCAGAUGAGCAACACUCAGAGCACCGCCGGAAACAAUGCCGCCAGCUCGCCCUUGCGCCAGCAGACCGAGACGCAAAGCACUGGUGAUCGAACACCUCGCGCAAGCGGUCGUGGUCUCUUGGUUGGAGACUCGUCCCCUAUCCGCUAUGAUGAAUCCAGCCCAGGGCCCAACCUCACCCAGCAGUCGGACCUUCGCAGUGAAAGCAGUGCGCUCUUCGUAAACGAGCGCACAAGACCUUCCAGGUCUCACCGUGGGGAUAUCAACCCAGAUGUCAUUCGCACACCACGCAUGCCACGCCGAAUUAUCUUGGAUGACGCAGGCCGAGUCGUUCGUGAUGGCUCUCAAGUCGGGUCCGACGCCGCUUCCUUCUCCAACAACAACCCCAACACAUCUGAGGCAAAUGCCCUUGGUGGCAUGAGCCAGGGUCUCGUAUGGGGUACCACCGUCUCACUUGAAGACUCCUUCGCGGCCUUCAAGGACUUUCUCCGAAACUUCACCAAAAAGUAUCGCAUGUGGGCGGAUGGCGCAACCGAGGCUGACACCAUGGGGAAUCCCGAGGCGGAUUCCAAGCCAUAUUGGGAGGCUUUGGAGAACAUGUUGUUGCUGGGCAGCAACAGGUUGUACCUUGAUCUUCGUGAUCUCAAGGCGUACCCGCGAACGCUGAAGCUAUGGCAUCAAGCCCAGGCCUACCCCACCGAAAUUGUUCCAGUCAUGGAUCAAUGCGUGCACGACUUCAUGAUUGAUCUUGCGCGCGCUGAGAUGGCUAGUCAAAGACAGGCCUCUCUUGCUGGUGGAAAUAUGCCCAACCCUUCCCAGAGCUCUGAUCUGAACUUCCCCAGUUCUGAUCGUGGGGAAGAGCCAUCAACUCCCAGGCCUACCCAGGGACAGCAGGUGACCCUUGAAGACCAGGUCUCCGCGGAGACGUAUGUUGUGCGCCCAUUCGGUAUCGAGAAGAAUACCAACCUGAGAGAUCUCAACCCUUCAGAUAUGGACAAGCUUGUCUGCAUCAAGGGUCUAGUGAUCCGUACCACGCCUGUGAUUCCCGACAUGAAGGACGCUUUCUUCAAGUGCAGUGUUUGCGGACACUCCGUCACCGUUGAGUUGGACCGUGGCAAGAUUCGGGAGCCGACUGAGUGCCCUCGCAAUCGUUGCAAGUCCAAGAACUCGAUGCAGAUUAUCCACAAUCGCUGCACAUUCACGGAUAAGCAAGUAAUCAAGCUGCAGGAGACUCCUGAUGACACGCCUGCUGGCCAGACGCCUCAUUCCGUUUCCAUCUGCGCUUACAACGAGCUGGUUGACUUUUGCAAGGCCGGUGACCGUGUAGAGAUUACGGGUAUCUACAAGGUUACUCCUGUGCGUGUCAACCCUCGCAUGCGGACGGUCAAGAGUGUGCACAAGACGUAUGUGGACAUUGUCCAUAUCCAGAAGGUCGACAAGAAGAGAAUGGGCAAUGACCCUUCUGUUCUUGACUUGGCUGAGGAGGAAGAGGCCCAUAUCAGCGGCCAGAGUCUUGAUGAGAUCAAAAAGAUCUCGCCAGAGGAUGAGGCCAAGAUCAGGGAGACUGCUGCUCGUGCCGACAUCUACGAGCUUUUGUCCCGGUCUCUCGCUCCAUCAAUCUACGAAAUGGAGGAUGUCAAGAAGGGUAUCCUCCUCCAGCUGUUUGGUGGUACCAACAAAACAUUUGAAAAGGGCGCCAGUCCCCGCUACCGUGGCGAUAUCAACGUCCUGUUGUGUGGUGACCCUUCAACGUCCAAGUCUCAGCUUUUGGGUUACGUCCACCGCAUCGCCCCCCGCGGUGUGUACACCAGCGGCAAGGGUUCCUCUGCGGUCGGUCUUACAGCCUAUGUCACCCGCGACCCAGAGACCAGACAGCUGGUUCUCGAGUCCGGCGCCUUGGUCUUGUCCGACGGUGGUGUGUGCUGCAUUGACGAGUUUGACAAGAUGAACGAGUCCACUCGCUCUGUUCUCCACGAAGUGAUGGAACAGCAGACCGUCUCUGUCGCCAAGGCAGGCAUCAUCACCACCCUCAACGCCAGGACUUCCAUCCUAGCCUCUGCCAACCCGAUCGGCAGUCGUUACAACCCUGACCUCUCCGUCCCGCAAAACAUUGAUCUUCCCCCUACCCUACUCUCCCGUUUUGAUCUGGUCUAUCUCAUCCUCGAUCGAGCCGACGAGAAGCAAGAUCAGCGCUUGGCUAAGCAUUUGCUGUCCAUGUAUCUCGAGGACAAGCCUGACUCGGCCCACUCCAACAAUGAUAUCCUGCCAAUCGAAUUCCUCACCUCUUACAUCUCCUACGCCCGCCAAAAAGUCAACCCCCAGAUCUCCAACGAAGCCGCCAAGGAGCUCGUCGACUCGUACGUCGAGAUGCGCAAGCUCGGCCAGGACGUCCGCGCCGCAGAGAAGCGCAUCACGGCCACCACCCGUCAGCUCGAGAGCAUGAUUCGUCUCUCUGAGGCUCACGCUCGCAUGCGUCUCUCCGAGACGGUCACUCAAAAUGACGUAAAGGAGGCCGUGAGGCUGAUCAAAUCCGCCCUCAAGACGGCGGCGACGGAUGCGCAGGGCAGAAUCGACAUGAGUCUCCUCACUGAAGGCACGUCGGCGGCGGACAGAAGGAAGAAGGCUGAGAUCAAGGACGCCAUUGUCAGACUGUUGGACGAGCUGACUGCCGGCGGGCAAUCAGUCAAGUUCGCCGAAGUAGCCAGGAAGUUAUCAGAUGGUGCCAGCGUGCCGGUGGAGUCGGCCGAUUUUGCCGAGGCGAUGAGGACGCUAGAGAUGGAGGGUGCCAUCAUGGUCAGUGGAGAGGGUGCGAGAAAGAGUGUAAGAAGGGUCACGGCUCAAGUGUAACGGCUUUCUGACGGGGAUAAUUUCCAACUUUUUAUUUUUCAAUGUGAAAAAAAAAACAGUUAUCAACAACGCGCCCCCCCGCCUUUCAAACAGAAACGCAAAACUAGGUAUAAUGACGAAAUCAGGAAUCUUUUCUCCUCCUCAUGAUCAGUUCGCCGCCGCCGUCCCAUUACCCACAUUGACCACCGUCUCCGUCAUGCUCCCCCUAUCCACUUCCUUUCCCUUGUCAACCUGAGAUACUGCCGCCCCAGAGCCGGACAUCUUACUAUCCUCCUCCUCCCCUAGCAGCCCACUAGGCCUCCAAUCCCUGAGAUCAUCCUCGGCAUCAUUCAAUAUCUGCCUCGCCUGCCCAGCAUGAGGAUACGCCGGUUUGACAUCCCCCGGCACGACAGGUGUAUCAUCCAACAACUCCAACAACCUCAACCCAUGCCUCGCAAGAAUAAUCUGCUUAUCCGCCCGUUCAAUCGUAGCCAAAAACUCGGCCUGGUACGCCUCCUUCAACUUUUGCCUUGUCUACCACAAUAUCAGCACACUAUCAUCAUCAGUGCUUAUCAGGGGAAAUACAUACAACAUUACUCAACUGCGCCUCAGCAACCAACCCCUCGGCCUCAGCCCUGACAAGCUCCUGCUCCAACACCACCAAUUUUGUCGACUGCGGCUCCCUACUCUUCAACUUUGCAAUCUCAUCCCCGAUCUUCUUCUUUCCCUCUCUUGUUGGUUGGACGCUUCGUUCAGUGUUUCUGAUCACCUUUAGCGCUGCGCGCGCGUCGUCGAGGGCGUGGGCGUAGUUGUCUUCUUGCUCGCCUAUUUCUGAGAGGAGGACGCCGAUUUUGUCCGAGAUGUCGGAGAUGGAGUCGUCUUGGGUUGCCUCACCCCAUUCAGAGAGCUG